CUCAGUUUAGCUUUAUUAAGGAUAUACUAAGUAUACAUACAACAAAUCUCAACUCUGAUCUUGAUCACCUGCGGCAAAAGCGGGAAUAUUCUCGCUGGUGGAGUUCUCGUACGCUCCGUCAUCACUCCACUCUCCCCUCACCUCGAGGUCCCAUCCAUCCCGUUUGGGGCCAACAGUACUUUGUAUAAAGCGUCCCUCCCCGGGACGUUCGUACAUCUCGUUCCAUAGGAUCAGCGCCCCAGCUCAUCUGCCUGUCCUGUCUUUCACAACAGUACCCUGCUCAGAGCCUGAACUCUUGUCACACUCUCUUGCUCACCUCCAGUCCGGUCUCUACAUCUCCUUUUCUUUCAAAAUGAGAAAUAUCUUCAGCGUCAUGGCGGUGCUUCUGCCUGCUGUCUCUGCCUUCUGCGACCAUGGGACGACCCUCUUCCCCCGUGCCAGCGGCGACGCGGUCAAGGUGGCCAACUUUGGCUUCGACGGCAUCCGCGGGCCCCUGAACUGGCACGGACUGAACAAGACGGCCAACUCCAAGUGCGCCAAGGGGAAGGAGCAGUCGCCCAUCGACAUCAGCACGAGCUCCAACAAGACGGUCAAGGGAAGCAGCCUCAGGUUCAACAUCGACUCGUAUCCUGACGGCGCUGAGCUCCUCAACCUGGGCAGCACGCUCGAGGUCAUCGCCAACGGCUCCAUCAGCCUCGACAACAAGACCUUCAAGCUGGCGCAGUUCCACUUCCACACCCCCAGUGAGCACCAUUUGGAUGGCGAGUACUAUCCCGCCGAGAUGCACUGCGUCUUCCAAGCCGAAGACAAGACAGUCUCCGUCGUCGGCUUCUUCAUCGAGCUGGAUGAGGACAACGACGAGGUCAUCGACGGCGUCUUUGAGCGCGUAGACGAGGUGGCCACGCCCGGCACGGCCGGACACACAGGCGCGCUCGACUUCAGUGGCCUGUCUAAGCACCUGUGCAAGAGCGACGUCUACCAGUACAGGGGUUCUCUGACCACGCCGCCCUGCUCCGAGGGCAUCCGGUGGAAUGUCGUCCGGAAGCCGAUCACGAUCGACAUGCUCACUUUUAAGAAGAUUAAAAGCAUCAUGAAGUUUAAUGCUCGGUACGUGCAGAACACUCCCGGGCAGAUCAACCUGCUGGAGAACGCUGCCGAGAACCUCAAAUAAAGGAGUUUGGCGGUUGAAAGCGGGUGAGCUUUUCUGUUUUGGGUAAUUUUCUUGGAAGAUCAUUAUGGGAAGAGAUUUGGAGGUCAUGAGGAUGAUGAAUCAUGCUGGCCCCCCCCCCCCCCCCCCCCCCGUGGGGGCAAGGUUUUCUUUUAUUUGCAGUUGCAACGAUGUUCCCUUUUUCGUGUAGGAUUUUCAUGCCCUACCCCUUUUUCCCCCUCCCCCGCUGGGAGUGGUUUUUGUUUAGUACAUAGACUUAAAACGUUGUACAAAAUCUAGUGUGUAUAUUUUGACCAACAAUAGGUAACUAAAUCUUGGGCAAGGCACACUGUCAUCCAUUUCGAUUUUGAAGCAUUAUCAUAAUUUCACCAAUGUUGGCCGCAGCCCCGUAUUUAACCCAGAGUCGCGGGAUCUUCGAGUCAGGUUGGCAUUUCGGAUGAUAGUAAUCAUACGGUUAAGAUCGUCGAGUUCAGACCAAAGGUAUUUUGGACGUCAAAGCGUGGACAACUGCAAACAAAACGAACAAGCUUAUUAUAGCAAAAUGUCCCCGUUUUAG